AAGCAAGGCGGGCGGACCGGCGCCGUAAGGCUGGGAUCCGGAAGUCGGAGCCUAUCCGCGUUAGCUCAGCCUGCCGACCAACCGUAUCGUGGUGCCAUUCUCUCCUCUUUGAUCCCCGCCGGAAGUGGAGGGGGCUCAGAAGGGAGCUUGUGGCAUUGUGGUUCCCCUCUCUGUCUUCACAUUGGUUCUUCUUCCAUUCUGACAGGACGAAAGCCUGCAGAUUUGAACCUACCUGCUUUCAAGUCAGUCAUCAUGAUGAAACAUAGACACAAAAAUAAAAAACCAGGUAAAGGUUCCAAAGGCUGCAAGAAGGUUGAAGAGAUGAGGGAGAAGCAACAGGCUGCACGGGAGCAAGAGAGACACAGACGUAGGACCAUCGAGAGCUAUUGUCAGGAUGCCCUGCAACGCCAGGAGGAGUUUGAGCACAAGGAGGAAGUUUUGCAGGAAUUAAAUAUGUUUCCUCAAUUGGAUGAUGAGGCUACAAGGAAGGCUUAUUACAAGGAGUUCCGUAAGGUGGUGGAAUACUCUGAUGUGAUUCUGGAAGUCCUGGAUGCCAGAGACCCAUUGGGCUGUCGCUGUUUCCAAAUGGAGGAGGCUGUCCUGCAGGCAGAAGGCAACAAGAAGCUGGUCCUGGUCUUGAACAAGAUUGACUUGGUCCCCAAAGAGGUUGUGGAGAAGUGGCUUGAUUACCUUCGGAAUGAGCUGCCAACGGUGGCUUUCAAGGCCAGCACACAGCAUCAGGUCAAAAACCUGAAUCGUUGCACUGUGCCAGUGGAUCAAGCCUCUGAGUCACUGCUGAAAAGCAAAGCCUGCUUUGGAGCUGAAAACCUCAUGAGGGUUUUGGGGAAUUAUUGCCGCCUUGGUGAAGUGCACACCCAUAUUCGUGUGGGUGUUGUGGGUAAGGCCUAGAGGGAGGUCAUGGGGCUCAGGCUCCUUCCUUGGGCAGGGGAUUUGCUGGGUGAAGGACUCUGGGAGCUUCACGUUACCCUUCUGGGGAAGAGAGGAGCAGUUCAGGAAGGGUUUUGUGAUUUGUGAUAUGUAUUGGUGAAUGUAGGAAGAAUCACCACCAUGCAUUGAGUAUUAGAGCUAUGGACCAAAUACACAGGGCUAUGCUUGGUGUUGGUGCCAUCUCAUCCUACCAGAACUAUUGGGGGAGGGAGGGGUGAACAUAUCUCUUUUACAGAUAAGAACACUGAGGCCCAGAUAAGGGAAAGGGACUUGUGGGGAUCAACCCUGUGUGAGGCAAGGUAGGCUGAUGCUCAAACUUGGGCCUGUAUGGAACCCAGGGCACUAAAGGAAGGAUGAUGGGGAGAGAAUAGGGAAAUUGAGAGAAAAAGAGAUAGACUGUCAGGGAGAGGAAGUAAAGCCAAGAGAGAAAGACAUUGGAGAGAGUUGGACACUGAGAAAAAGGUAUAGAUAUACAGACCAGAAUAGACCUAGAAAAAGAACUGGGAAAUGGUGGGAUUGGUGGGGAGUAGAAAGGAAAGAUGGAUUUAAAUGACAGAGGCAUGUAAAGAGAGGGAGAUAAUGAAAACAAAAAGAUACCAGAAGCAACAUAGAGACAGACAUGUGCACAGAGACCUGCAGAAAGACACAUAAGAGGGCUAGACACUCCAUGCAUCUAGAGAGACAGACCUCCAUACCAAAGAAAGAAUGAGAAAGUCAGAUACAGGGAUAGAGACUGAGAGGGAGGUACACAUGGAAAGAGCCAGGAACAAAGAAGUAGACAUGGAGGAACACACACAC